UCCAUUUUGCAGUGUGUGUGUGUGUGUGUGCGCAGUGAGGGUGCGCAGUGUCACAGGGAGUAAACAGCAGCAGCAGGACGCACUGAGACAUUCUGCAGAAAUGGACGGCAUCAGUGACGUUGCAGUUGGAGUGAAGAGAGGAUCAGACGAGCUGAGUCUGUACAGCAGCUCCAACUCGGCCCUGAGCAGCAUCACUGACGGCUCUAAUGGCAGUGACAGUAAGAAGCUGAGAGUGGAAGAGGCCCCCCCCUCCAGAGUGCUCCACAUCAGGAAGCUUCCCAACGAGGCGUCGGAGACGGAGGUCAUCGCGCUCGGCCUGCCGUUCGGAAAGGUCACGAACAUCCUGACCCUGAAGGGCAAGAACCAGGCGUUCCUGGAGAUGGGGACGGAGGAGACGGCCGUCACCAUGGUCAACUACUACACCACGGUCACUCCUCACAUCCGCAACGUGCCCGUCUUCAUCCAGUACUCCAACCACAAAGAGCUGAAGACAGACAGCGGCAACCAGAGGACGCAGGCGGUGCUGCAGGCGGUGUCAGCUGUGCAGUCGGGGGGGUCUCCCAGCUCUGAUGUCCAGGAGGCUCUGGCUGCUGCCUCCAGCCCCGUGCUGAGGAUCAUCAUCGACAACAUGUUCUACCCCGUAACACUGGACGUACUGCAGCAGAUUUUCUCCAAGUUCGGCACGGUGAUGAAGAUAAUCACGUUCACAAAGAACAAUCAGUUCCAGGCUCUGCUCCAGUUCAGCGAGCCAGUCAACGCCCAGCAGGCCAAACUGGCGCUGGAUGGGCAGAACAUCUACAACUCGUGCUGCACGCUGCGCAUCGACUUCUCCAAGCUGGUGAACCUGAACGUGAAGUACAACAACGAUAAGAGCCGAGACUACACCCGACCAGAGCUGCCAGCUGGAGACGGGCAGCCGAACCUCGAAUCCUCCGUCAACGCCUUCAACAAGGACUCCGGCUCGCUGCUCGGGAAGAUCCCAGGAGCUCUGAACCCUCUCAGUGCAGCAGCAGCAGCGGCGGCUGCAGCCGGGCGGGUCGCUCUGUCCGGACAGAACGGGUCCAGUGGGGUGCUGCUGGUCAGCAACCUCAACGAGGAG